CGGAGAGGCCCGGCCGGGAUGCUCCUCGGCGGCGCCCAGAGACCAUGGCCCUCCGGAGGCCGCCGCCACCACCGCCGCCGCACGACAACGGGAGGCGAGAUACCAGUACUUGUUCCCGGAAGGUCUCCUGGCAACUUGCAGCAAAAGAAGAAGAAGAUAUACAAUAUAUAAUGCCAUGGGACUUUCCCCAGGAUACACACCCUUCACUCGCCCUGCUUUGCAGCCUCCUUUUUGUCUGGCUAGAAUGUGCUGUUAAACUUUGAUUGAGAGGGUUAGUCAUAGAAAAAAAUUACUGUACAAAAGCAAAUUUUGGAUUUUUUGCUGCAACUACAUUUGCCUCUGGCUCCACCUACCAAUGAUGUGCUGCCCUAGAAGCAAUGUGGCCCUCAUAAGGAAAAAUAUCCCACACCUAACUGAAUCAUUCCCUUUAGACAGAUAAGUUUUUAGCCACCCUCCUGCAUGUAUGCAAUCCAUUUCACUGUUGCCUGUGCCACUGAGGGGCUUCUUUGGGGGGAGAAAUAGCACUUUAUUCCACUCAUACUUACUCACUGAAGUCGUGUGUGUACAAAACAGAGUUGUCUCGGCUACUGCCGUCCUUGGGAACCAGAGCACUGAGGACCUUCCAUUCCACUGUAAUGACACCUGUACAAAUUAGCAAUAAGGAGGAGAGAGUGAAAGAGAAAGAAACCAGGGUCAACUUUUAUUUAGACCAGGCAUCCCCAAACUGCGGCCCUCCAGGUGUUUUGGCCUACAACUCCCAGGAUCCCUGGCUAAGAAGACCAGUGGUCAGGGAUGAUGGGAAUUGUAGUCCAAAACAUCUGGAGGGCCAAAGUUUGGGGAUGUCUGAUUUAGACUGUGAGUCAAGUAGAGAUCUUCCUCCUGUUUUCUCGUCUUGCUUAUUUUGGGAUGAUUUCUGUCAAGUGGCAUGUAGCUUUCCAAGUUCCAGCAUUGUGUUCUGUAGAAACUGAGCACUCAUGAAAUUUCCUGCCAAAACAACCUUCUGCAUGUAGCUGGAAACGCAAGAGAGUUACACAUUGCAUACCAAAGUUUUUAAGGCACUGUUGCAAACUGCAGGGGGUUGUGUAAUUUUUUUUGGGGGGGGUGAGGGUUUUUGGUGUCCUCCUUUUGGGUCAUUUGUUGUCUUGCAAAACUAUCCAGAGUGACAAGUUGCCUUGCCAAGUUAGAGCCCUUCAAAUCAGCUCCCAUCUGAAUUCUAAGAGUGGGUGUUAAGGAUGCAAAUUGCACAAAGAGUGUCUUAUGAAAGAGGCUUUUAAAUGCAAACUGGUCAUGCUUCCACAUAUUUGGCUCCCUGGGGAUGUUGUUGAUCCCCACCCCCCACUGCCAAGCACUUUCCUUCUUGCACUGGAGAAGUAUAUGAACAUAAAACAAAGCAGCUGAUGAUCACCAGCUUUUUCUGGUGGCUUAGAUCCAGAUGUGUAGCAGUGUUCACAAUGAAACUGCAAAAGGUUUCGAUCUUUGGGAGCUUGUUGUAUUGUGCCCAAUGCAUUUAGCUUGCUGCUUUGCAUAACAGUCAGAUAUCCUUAAAAGGUUAUACUGGAUCAUGUGCUUGCUUUCUGCUUGCCUUAUUACUGCUGGCAGCCCAGCCAGAUGGGUGGGGUAUAAAUAUUAUUAUUAUUAUUAUUAUUAUUACCCUUUGUAUUAAAAAUAAAUUGGCUAGUUUUUAGCAACAGUCAAGUACCAAGUGCUACUGAUGCAAGUGUUGCUUAGUUUGUGAUUCAUUGGAAUGAGGUUACGUGUCUGUGUUGGUGUGAAUAAAGCUUUCUGUGAUACAACACUUUCUGAUGUGAUUCUGUUGAGAUGGAGAGUGUCACAGUGACUGACGGCCAGAUCUUUUGAGUGUGCAAUACCAAACUGUGUACAGUACUAAACAGAAAGGAAAAAAGUGUCCUGUGUGGCACUUUAGCAGUUCUGUCUUUCAGAGCAUUAAGUUAAGGAUGCCAUAAUGAAACAGCAGAGUGCCAAGUCACUCCUGCAAAGAGGUCACAAAGUUACUAGCCUGCAACAUUUGUAUUGGCCCAUCUGAUGUUUGUUGUGUCACCAUUGCCUUUCAGUCAGCUAUUUGGUUUCUUCUUAAACCAGUUCAUUAACUACACUGCAGAAAACACCCUGCUGAUUUGGUGGCUUGGCAAGUGUGAUCUAGCGCCCCACUUUCCCCAAAUUGUAAAUACUGUCGCAUUUUGAGGCCACAAUCAUUAGCAGGCGAAACUGCUGUUAAGGCUAGUUUGAAUUUUUGUUUCUCUUGCAGACUGUGAUUCCAAGAAAAAAAGGAAAGAAGCAGAGAUCUACCAGGCCCUGAGCAGUGAGCCUGUGGAUAUUGCUGCACUCAGGCGCAUGGCUAUCAGCGAAGGGGGGCUUCUGAUGGAUGAGAUCCGCUGCAGGGUGUGGCCAAAGCUGCUUAAUGUGAACACAGAGGACCUGCCACCUCCGCCAGGUGAGGAACUCCGGGAGGACAACAAAGAUUACCAGCAAGUGUUGCUGGAUGUGAGGCGAUCCCUCCGACGCUUUCCUCCAGGGAUGCCAGAUGAGCAGAGGGAGGGGCUGCAGGAAGAGCUGAUUGACAGCAUCCUGCAGGUCUUGCAGCGCAACACACAGCUUCACUACUACCAAGGCUACCACGACAUCGUGGUCACGUUUCUGCUUGUGGUUGGAGAGAGACUGGCAACAGCCCUCGUGGAAAAGCUUUCAACCCAUCACCUCAGGGAUUUUAUGGACCCGACAAUGGACAACACCAAGCACAUCUUAAACUACCUGAUGCCCAUUAUAGAUCAGGUGAACCCAGAAUUGCACGACUUCAUGCAGAGAGCUGAAGUGGGGACCAUUUUUGCCCUCAGCUGGCUGAUCACCUGGUUUGGGCACGUGCUGUCUGACUUCAGACAUGUCGUGCGGUUGUAUGACUUCUUCCUGGCAUGUCACCCGCUAAUGCCAAUCUACUUUGCAGCAGUGAUCGUGCUCCAUCGCGCACCGGAGGUUCUCGCCUGCGAGUGUGACAUGGCCUCCGUCCACCAUCUUUUAUCGCAGAUCCCACAAGACCUUCCGUACGAAACCCUGAUCAGUCGAGCUGGAGACCUCUUCGUUCAGUUUCCACCGUCGGAACUCGCCCGGGAGGCUGCUCAGCAGCAAGCCGAAAGGACGGCUGCUUCCACCUUCAAAGACUUUGAGCUGGCUUCAGCCCAGCAGCGGCCAGACACAGUUCUCCGGCAGCGCUUCAGAGAGCGGCUCCGUGUGGAGGAGCGGGCAAAGUUGCUCUUGGCAACAAAACCAAGGACCAACCGCUUUGUCAAGCUGGCAGUCAUGGGGCUGACGGUGGCACUGGGCGCGGCAGCUUUGGCUGUGGUGAAGAGCGCGCUCGAGUGGGCACCCAAAUUCGAACUCCAGAUAUUCCCCUGAGAGUCGAGGAGGAAGUUCCCCGCUUACCAUGUCCUGCUUGGCACGCCAGGCAUAGGCAGCCAUGUCUGCAGAAGGCAAAUUGGGUUUUUGAAGCACCUGCUCUCUUUCCUGCCCCCCCUCCUGCAACCUGCCUUACUAAUUCAAGCCACCCAGGCCUGGACCCGCAGUCAUCCUGUUCUCACCUCCUCUUCUUCGUUGUCCUUCCUGAGCAUCCAGAGCCUCUGGGGAACCUCUUCCUUUCGGAACAAGGGAAGUGGCUGCCUUGGCUGCUACAAGGCUAAAGAACCUCAAUUUUUGCUGUGCUUCCUGCCCUGUUCAUGGGCCUGUAGCCUGCGUAGCGCUUGAGCAGAAGUUCCAUUCUUCCCUUCGGGUGUUUGGCAAAAUGGGAAAGAAAGAAACAGAAGAAUAUUUUCAGGGACGGUGCUGGUUGCUUCUGCAAUAUUAACUGAGAUGGGGUGAGGGGAGAUGAGUCUGGGCCCAACCGUUCAGAGGUGUCCUCCCCUCCUUUUCCUCUCACCUAUUUAGUUGCCUGCAUUCCUAGAUGUGGAACUGAAGAGGCAGUUUCUGACAAGUCAAAACACUGGGAAUGUGCUUGUUUUUGCUUUUGAGGUCUACAGCAGAUUGGCUCACAUUAUCUCUCCCGACUGCAAGCCUAUGAACAUGUUUAGUCUGGAGACCAAGUAGCUGUCACCCAGCCACUCACAGCACAGCUAUUUCUCUCAGCCAGGCCAGAGUAGGAAAUUCUGCAUCUGAUGCAUGAGGAGCUACUCCUUGGAACGUGGUCCAUUAGGGCUUUCAGAGUUUUUUCUGUUGCUACCACCUUGCAAAAUCAAUAGCAGCAGUUUCCGUUAAUGAGGUAAGGGAAAGAUCUUCCUGUUGUGAAAUUCCGCCCUGCUGCAGGACCAACGUAGUUGAUGGGACGAGAAAAGUGCUUUUAAAGAUCUGAGCCACUAACAGAAAUAGACGUUUUGUCAUGCAUGAAGGGUUUUCCAGAAACUGUCCAUUAAAUCCAAAGUCCCAGGCACUCCAUAGAUAAACCCCCAUGCACCUCUACCUCCUUCCUCUGCUAAUAAACCCUCACAAGUGUCCUUACCUAAUUUACACAGCUGAGUCCCUUUUCCCUGAUGGCAAUUAUGUAUUCAUUCACCUGUAAAACUCCCUUCUCAGUCGGCCAAGCAUUACUAUGGAGGGCGAAGGAAAGUCAAAACCAACUGCUUGGUCAGACUGGCAGCCCUGAGGCUGAUGGCAAUGCCGCGUUCACCAGCUUUGUUGCAUUUGAGCGGACAGCAGAGCACUUGGGACCUGUGGCCUUUUGUUAUCUGCUGCGAUGAACUCAUUCCAACAGCGACGGAAGCCCAAGUUGCUCCCUCUACCCUGGAAGAUGAGCAGGCUUGGCCAUUCAAAAAGAGCAGCUCCCAGAGGGGACGCCACAGUGUUUGGAGCCGUUAACGACAUAGUAGAAAGGCCUAGAGCUAACCAAUGCAUGCAUUUGUUUUGCUUUUAAGAGUGCUGGAUUCUGCUGUGCAUUGGAAUUUGCAGUCGCAGGGGGAAAAGGGGGCAGAAAAACAGAGAGGCCUCCCCUCCCCCGUUUCGCCUGCUGGGGAGUCGUCUUCUCACCAAGCCGAGAACUGACCCUGGAAGGACAGACACAUUGCUGCCUCUGUAUUUGGAUUGUGCUUCCUGCAACCAAGUCAUUCAGCUGUUGGUGUCUUUUGGGGGGAGCUUUUCUUCUCCGGUGGAGCAGUUCAGCCGUUCAGCUUUGGUGGGAGGCAGAUCAACCUGCCACCCGUUGGUUGUGGGCCUUGUGGUAUCAGGAAGCCAUGGGCAUGGGGAUACCAGCAUGUCCCAUGAGCAGCAGUGAAAAGCAGGGAGGUGAAAGUGUCACCUUAGUCCCAGUAGCCAAUGCAGUGCUCUCCAGAUGUUAAACUACAGCUCCCAUCAUGCCCUGAAGAAGUUGGGAGCGCAACACCUGAAAUAUCCACAUUGGCUACACCUUUCUCAGGCGGCCACAGUGUGGAUCGCAGCGUGCCUCUGGAAGAGCAGGGGCUUGAAUGAUUGACACCUGCCGCUUUUUGUUACCGGAUGGCGUGAAGCAUUAUUUUACUAAGCACUUUAUGAAAAUCAAGGCUAAGAGAGGAAGGAGGCCUGCCUGUCCCUUGUGGGUUUUCUUUUUGCCUUAGCAGAAACCUGUUUCCUAGCAGUUCAGACACUUGCCAUUUGAGGUGUGUAUGAGACCUGUGGAAGGUGCACCUGCAGCCUGAACUAGGCCGGAUGCAGUCUUGGCCUGAAGCUCUUCCAUGUUACUCGGGCAGCAGAAUGCAGAAAAAGGUUUAAGGCAGGCACCCUCUUCUUCCCUCUGCUCCUUGUGGCAGUGAUGGGCUGACUUCUGGUUUAAUAAAAUGGAAGAGUCAUUUCCUCUCCCUCUCACAUGAUCGACCACCAGAUAUAGAUAUGUAUUAAAAACCCCAAAUUUUAGUAGGUCUGGAAUCUGCGGAAAUGAAACUUCAUGCAGCAGUGGCAAGGGGGAGCUUUGUUUCAUGAUCAGCAUUCGCCAGCUUUUUAAGCUGAAAGCACACAAAACUAGCUUAUACAAUUGGCAGGAUUCGCUAGUAAAGUGAGAAUGCAGCACUUCAGCGUAUGCAGCUCUCAUAUGCGAGGUGAUAUUCUCUGUGUGUUGAAAACUAGCUUGUCAGGGGAAAGGGUUCAGCCUAGUUUCUCCCCCCCCCCAAAAAAGUGCUAUUUUUCUGCCUGUGGGGAAGACAUCACCACCACCCGAAGCCUGGAGUGAUAACUGUUAGGCAAAGCUUUGCCACUUGAUUUAGCUGAAAGUAUAAACUGACCCUUAUUACCAAGAGGGAAGAGCAGGACAAGAGAGCGCAAACUCUUUGCUCUCCAUUGUCUGCAACGACGGGAGAAACUCCUGCACCAAGAAUAAACCACAUGGAAGACCAUCAUGUAUGUGAAGCCGUGCGGGGUGGGACUAACAAGUUUCAUAGGCCUUUUAUCUCCAUCCUUUUAGCUGUGCAGAGACGAGAGUUAAGCCCCAGGCUGUCUCUCCCUCCACUCUGCAUUGCUGCAGGCUGGUGAAUUUGACAGCCAUGUAACUCAGCCUUUGUGCCUCCUGCAAAGUCGCUGACUCUGCUUGCGGUAACUGUUUGAACUCCUACCGAAGCAGGUGGCCACCAUGAAUGCAUUGGGUGACACGCUAUACAGUUUUGCCAGGUUCCCUAAAGCAGAUCAUCCCUUGGACUUUGGGGACUGAACCAUUGCUGUAGCCUGCCUGCUAACACUAGAAAAUUACUGAGCAGCCCGUUGCAUUUUGCAACUAGCCAGGCUUUGUAGGGUGGCCUGCUGGUCUACGCAGUUGCAGACCAGUAGCAAACCCUGGUGGUUUAAGUGACACCCAGCUGAGCCACUUUGCAUAGCUGCCUUUGGUGGUGCUCAUUCGCAACUCCUGCAGGCCUCCCUGUUGCCAGCCCACAAUAGAUAUGGCAACAGAUGUGUCAAAAGGGGGAGCACUUUCUGAAGGGAAGAGACAGCUGGAAGAAGAAACAGCUGCUGCUGUUACAAGCUGGAACGCCAGACGUCCUGGGUCAAAAUCAUGGCCAGGGAGAUGCCCACCAACUCUAAGCCAACUUCCAUGGGGAAAUCGGUUAUUUCGUCCCUUGUGCAUAAGUGUUCUCUGAUGAAGUUGCUACUCUGUAUAAAGAUUAUACAUAUGUAUGUAAAAUGCAGAUUUGUACAAGGCUUGUAAUUGUGUAAAAAUAAAAAACCCAACUACCAAAUAAACACUAUACCCACUUACUAAA